UAGUGUUUUGGAAAUGUCCAGUGAAGAGCCCGGGAAGGAAGGAGGUACUCUAAGCUACAUGCCCCCUGAGGCUUUUGAAUCAUCGUAUGAACCAACUCGAGCCACUGAUAUCUACAGUUACGGCAUACUGCUGUGGUCCAUCUUCACUGGAAAAGUGCCCUAUUAUGCAGAUAACCCUCAUCUCCAGUCCAGUAUGGUGAGGUUCCGGGUCCCCUUGGGCGACAGGCCUCCUCUGGAGGCAGUUAGGGACCAGGCUGAUCUCCAGUCCAGUAUGGUGAGGUUCCGGGUCCCCUCUGACAGGCCUCCUCUGGAGGCAGUGGACAGGGACCAGGCUGAUCUGUCUCAAGUCUGA